AUGUGGUAUUACACACCUCGACUUAGUCUACCUUUUAGCAUUCAAAUAGUGCAAGGUGAUGAUGAAUUUCUGACACGUGUGAUCGCUUCUAUUCCUGGCAAAGAUCCAUCCAUCAACGAUUGGACACAAAUCAAUGUUUUGUUGCCUGCUGAAAAAAUCAAAAUUUAUGUACGAUUGAAUGUUUCAGUUGGACCUUUGGCAUUCGAUGAUUUCAUUGUGGAUUAUUGUGAUCAACCUCGUCCUUCGCCACCUAAUAUUUUGCUUGCCUGUGAUUUCGAAUCAUCUUGUACAGACAAGUUCAUAUCUUUACCUGAAUACACGUAUCAAUGGUCACUCAUUGAAGCCGAUGAUGCAGUCAAACAACAAAGUCAAGCACCACCGAUUGAUUACACAUUUGGCUACUAUUCACUUUUAUUUCGGGUGGACUAUUCAGAUAUCGACGACGGUUCCUAUGCUCUUGACAAUAUUGAAAUUACUUCAUGUGAUUAUCCAACAUCUUCAUUAACGCCUUAUGAUUCACUUCUUUCAUUCUCUUGUGAUUUUGACAAUCAAACAAUGUGCGAUAUGGAAAAUGGUGAUCGAUUUACUAAAUCUACAUUUAAUUUUACUGUGAUGACUGGUGAUACAAUUCCGAGUCGAAAUUUAGGUCCAAUACGUGAUCAUACGAGUAAUUCAUCAUCAGGUGGUUUUCUCUACUGGAAUCGUCAGCUACCUUUCGUUCCGGGAGAUAAUGGCGUGGUAGAGCCAUCAAAACCUGUCGAACAAAAUACAGGCAUGUGUAUUCGAUUUGCCUACUAUGUAAAAUCAUUAGCAGUGAAUAAAAAUGCAACAUGGUUGAUGUUAUCAACUGGAGGUUGCUAUGGUGCCUCACCUUGGUAUCAAUCAAUGGAUGACAGUCAAGGAUGGCAAGUAGCAAAAGUACCUGUAUUGCAAUAUGCUUGUGCAGAAACAUUCUAUUUCUCUGUUUCUCAACAAGAACCAAUUGCAGUCUCGGUCGCAUUUGAUGAUAUCGAAAUAGCCCAAUGCAGUUCGUUUGAUCCACCAACAACAACGACUGUUACAACUAGUACAACAACACAUACAACUCAGUCGACAUCGACAACAACUGUUCAAACCACUAAAACUAGUUUUAGUACAAGUAGCAGUUCGACAAGCAAAAUGACAUCAACAUCGACAACAACGUCACCAGAGUUAUCUUCGACAACAUCUCAAAGAAGCAAUGGUCAACGGCUAGAAUUGGCUUAUCGCUUCAUGCUACCUAUUUUAUUGUUUCAAUUAAGAUGCGUUUGA